AUGGAUGGAAAAGAAGCACUGAAAGGAGGAUCUUUGCUUUUUGAUGAUCUCCCACCAUCCAGCAGCUCAGGAGCAGGGGGACCUUUGCUCUUUGAUGAUCUACCGCCAGCCAGCAGUGGUGACUCAGCUUCACACAUCACUGAGCAGGUCUCAGCAGUAGGGAAUCAUGGGAAGGGAGAGAAGAGGAAAGCCUCAGAGGAAGAGAAGAACGGCAGUGAAGAACUUGUGGAAAAGAAAGUUUGUAAAGCUUCUGGAGGCAUCUUUGGACUGAAAGGUUAUAUGGCAGAGAGGAAAGGUGAACGAGAAGAGAUGCAGGAUGCACAUGUUAUCUUGAAUGACAUUACUGAAGAGUGCAGCCCCCUGCCCCCUCAAAUAACCCGUGUCUCAUACUUUGCUGUUUUUGAUGGCCAUGGGGGAGUUCGAGCCUCAAAAUUUGCAGCACAGAAUCUUCACCAAAAUCUGAUUAAGAAAUUUCCUAAAGGAGAGGUAGUCAGCGUGGAGAAAACGGUGAAGAGAUGCCUUCUGGACUCCUUCAAACAUACAGAUGAGGAGUUCCUGAAGCAGGCUUCUAGUCAGAAGCCAGCCUGGAAGGAUGGUUCCACAGCGACCUGUGUCCUGGCUGUAGAUAACAUUCUUUACAUUGCCAAUCUUGGAGACAGCCGGGCGAUUUUGUGUCGUUACAACGAGGAGAGUCAAAAACACACAGCCUUAAGUCUCAGUAAAGAACACAACCCUACCCAAUACGAGGAGCGGAUGAGGAUACAGAAGGCUGGAGGAAAUGUCAGGGAUGGGCGAGUACUGGGUGUGCUGGAGGUUUCUCGUUCCAUUGGGGAUGGACAGUACAAGCGCAGUGGUGUCAUCUCUGUGCCAGAUAUCAAACGCUGCCAACUUUCACACAAUGACAGGUUCAUUUUGUUGGCCUGUGAUGGCCUCUUCAAGGUCUUCUCACCAGAAGAAGCUGUGAACUUCAUCUUGUCCUGCCUAGAGGACAAGAAUAUCCAAACAAGAGAAGGGAAACUAGCAGCUGACACUCGAUAUGAAGCAGCCUGUAACAGGCUGGCCAACAAAGCAGUGCAGCGAGGUUCUGCAGAUAAUGUCACUGUAGUGGUGGUUCGGAUUGAGCACUGAAGGAAACGUGCAGGGAUGAAGUCCAGAGCUGUAUGUGAUGGAUUUAAAAGCAACAGCAAAAGUUAGUGUGUGUGUGUGUGUGUGUGUGUGUGUGUGUGUGUGUGUGAGAGAGAGAGAGUGUGAGUGAGAGAAUGUUACGGUGGGGAGGCGGUAUGGGUCUCCUCUUUGAGUGCUCUACAUUGUAAAUAAACUUCUUUUUCUAAUUGUU